UAUGAGCAAGGACAUAAGAAACAAUAGUAUAACGCCUAGUAGUCUAUUUCAAAAGUUUCGUUCUAAAGUUUCGUCGUCUAAAACUUAUGAUUAUGGAACAAAGAAUGGUAGAAAUUGGCAGAUUAUUAAGAAGGUUCUACUGUGCAUUAUACUUAUGUCUGCUAUUGGUUCUUUGAUAUUUGUUGACUUUCGAGAAGAAAUUGAAGAGAAGAACUCUAUUGAAGAAUUUCUUCUUUUACUUGAUGAAUUUGAUAGAGAUAUUGAAUUUUUCGAUAUUUUUGCUAUAGAGAAAUCAUAUACUAUUAAGAAUUUCUUUGCUAAUUAUUCAAUUUUAUUAAACGCUGCUAAAGAGAGAACUGACAAACUACAAUUCAAAAAGGCACACUACAUUUCGUCAUUAAGAAAUGAGAAAUCUGUUGAUAUUCUCUUGGAUAAUUUUACGAACUUCUGGAAAGAUUAUCAGCAAUAUAUCUUCUCUAAUCUUCAUGGUUUAAAAUUAGCUAAGGAAUAUCAACAUAUUCUUGUACUUAAUUAUCUAAUGAAUUCAAUUUAUCAUGUAAUCCUUAUAAAAUUAAUUUCAAAUCUUCUGGAGUUUUCACCUUCAAAUGUAAUGAUUUACAGACUUAAUAUGACAACGAUUAUGGGUAAUGAAAAUGUUAACUACGCUUCUAAAAUAGCCUCAAAAUUGGAUUACAAUUGUAUGCUAACAAAUGUAAAUGUACUGGAAGAAAAAAGUGAAGAAAUGCUGAGAAAAUGCAGAAGUAGCCUUGAGGAGAAUUUUAGAAAAACCUGGAAAUUACGCAUAGCAGAAUUAUACAGAUGGAUAUCAUUUGAAAUGCUUAUGCUUAUUUCUUGUGCAGCAAUUAUUCUAGCUAUGGCUCAUUCCGUUUAUCAAAUGUCCAAUUGGAUAUAUAAAUAUAUAAAUUUGGUUAAGAAUAAAACUGAACAACUGCAGAUUGAAAGGACAAAAAGUCAAAAUUUAUUGUAUAGCAUGUUGCCAAAAUGCGCAGCUGAACAACUACUUAUGGGUAAGAGGGUACAGGCUGAAAGUUUCGAUAGUGUUACUAUAUAUUUUUCCGAUGUUGUUGGAUUUACAUCAAUAUCGGCUAGAAGUACUCCAAUGCAAGUUGUCGAAAUGUUAAAUAAUCUAUAUAUAACUUUCGAUGAACGAAUCGACACAUAUGAUGUUUAUAAGGUUGAAACAAUUGGAGAUGCGUAUAUGGUAGCCUCUGGCCUUCCAGAACGAAAUGGAGAAAGGCAUGUAGAAGAAAUAGCAACCAUGUCAAUUGAUCUUUUAGCUGCCAUAAAACAAAUACGCGUUCCUCAUAAUCCGGAGGAAAAGAUGCGCUUAAGGAUAGGCUUACACACAGGUCCCUGCGUUGCUGGAGUUGUUGGCUUAAAAAUGCCUCGUUACUGCCUUUUUGGUGAUACUGUAAAUACUGCAAGUAGAAUGGAAAGUAAUGGCUUGCCAUUGAAAAUCCACAUGAGUCAAUCCACAACUGAUUUAUUGACAAAGUUAAACAGGUACAAUAUUGAAUCACGAGGAUUUAUCGAAAUUAAGGGCAAAGGGUCGAUGGAAACCUUUUGGCUUAUUGGAAGAAAGGAUAUGACUGAGAUGAAUGACAGUAUGGUAUGUAAAUUUGUACCUAGGAAAAAAAAGAAGAAAGAAGCUAAAAUACCCCCAGUGGAAGAGACCACAAAAGAAGAAAAUCUCGUUUUAAAUGGUGUUAAUAGACGAUCUUCUUCCGAAGUUAUCCAAUAUCCGGAUAGUAAUGCUUGA